GUGAAGCGAAUGAAAAUUUAUCACACACACACACUACUGCUGGCUGACUGUCUAUAAUACAUUAUAUAUAAUAUUUCAUUUAUAUUGUAUUAUGAUUGCAGUGACCAAUGUGGUGAAGAAUUAGAAACCAUUCGCCGUGACGCCGUCGCCCUCCUUGUUAGGGGCAACAGCUUCGACGACGAAGUCAACAACGGUGGGGUUGAUAUUAACUCCGCAUACAGAAAAAAAAUCGUUAAUGCGAAGGAUUGUCCGGUGAACAUGUACACCCCGCCACGCAUGGAACUGACGGCCGACUUGGAGAGCAUGGGUGUAGACGCCUGUGAAGGAAAGGCCUUAUUUAAUUUUCAUAGGAUGCAAUACUGCUAAUAACGCUAAUGUAACUCUAGUAAUCCCCGAAGGGGGUUUGAAAAACAAAGACACGUGGGGUCGCAUAAAUAAUUUAUUUACGAAAUACCAAAUAAAAAUAUUAAAAAAAUCA